AUGCCCGACUCAUCCUCAGACUCACCUUCAGACUCUGAAUCCACAACCACGACCUCCUCGACCUCAUCGCGCACCCACCACCUCAGCAGCUCCGUCGGCUUCAGCCUCAACGCGCGCCUGUUCCAUGCCGCCGCCCUCCGCGAAGCCUCGGGCUCGACAAACAUUCCCAUGGACCCGGAGUGGGAGCAAUACCUCAAGGAAGCGUCGGAGCGCGGCGAACUCAACAUCGAUGCUACGCGUGAGGCACUGCGGAGCAUGGCUGGGCACAUUGCGCAGAUCCAUCAGAGUAGUGUUGAGGCGGAGGGGAGUGAGGCUGUGCCGCAGACUUUUCAGGCACCUGCUGCGCCUGCUUAG